AUGUCCCCAACGCCCAUCACUGCCCAGUGCUGUCUCAGAUCCAUGGCCGAAAUAGAGGAAUGGAACAGCCUCAGUCCAGUUAAAAAAUUGUUACGAAACCCUCCGCUGGCUGGCAGUUCGGACCCAUGCACUACGGAACUAAACAUCCAGGAUAUCAUCAGAGUGGGAGAUGGCCACCACACACAGGUCUUUAUUGUCGAGGCCCGGUCUGAAUUCUCGGGUGUCCAACGGGGAAUGCAGCUGGUGGCAAAGGUGUACGACCCGCUGUAUUGUGACGAUGGCCCUUACAUGAAUCCCUUCCGUUGCGUCGUCAACCACUAUACUCACGAGGUGCAUACGUAUCACCAACUUUCCGACUUCCAGAGAAAGUCAAUACCCAAGAUUUAUGCUUCUUUUUCACUGGAAAUCCCGACUGAGGGGCCUGAGCUGCGCACCGUUCGACUGAUCCUGCUGGAGUAUAUACCACGGUCAUCGAUGCAGCAGGCAAACCCGAAGAACUUCUCCCAACAGACACGACAGCAGAUGCUCAAGGCGAUAGUCGACCUUGAAAGCCUCCUAUAUCAGAGGGAUAUACUCCUCCAAGCCGUGGGUCCUAGAAAUGUGAUGAUCGUGGAUGCUACAUUCUCACAUGAAAACGGCAGAAACUUGGUUUUUAUUGACUUUGCCAACGUUCUCUUCGGCCUGCUACGGUGGAGAAACAGAGGAACGUCGGAAUUCAGAGAUUGGGUUGACUGGGAGUGGAAGCCGUGGGUCGAGAAUGAAUUUGCCCAUACUGUCUCGUCAAUCACACCCAAGAUGCGGGAGGUUUACGAUUACCACUGA